AUGGCAGCUUGUAUCUCUUCUCGGCCAUUUACGGCAGAAACACCGGCAUUCGAUCGUUCUUGGGCGGACAUCAUGCCAACUGGAACUGUUGUACGACCGGCAGAUGUUGCCUCGAGACCUCACCAGAGCUUCUCUUCAUCCUCGGGCUCGAGCGCAUGUGCGGAAUCUAAUCCUUCUGACCGAUUGAACGAACGCACUUCUUGGUUUUCGGCAAAGACAGCCGUAUGGGACCCUCGGGUCUUGCUUCAGGCCAUUCAGACGCAAGACUCGGAAUAUACCCUCCGAAAGGCUGUCGAGUGGGGGACCAAGUGCAGUUCUGACCUCUCGGAAGAAGAAAAAGUCGACAACGUCCUUCGAUUCCUUGCCCAUGCAGUCGGCCUCCAGACAGCAAUUAGCACGGACAACAACAGUCUUCAGAGUAGCGUUAUUUCUGGUUAUACUACCCAUUCUCGCAACGACUCGACUUGGUCCAAUUCCGACUCGGCAUCUCUCCUCGAUUUCAGAUGUGAAACACCAGUGAUGGCGUGCCGCCCCUCGCCUACUCCGUCAAUUCGCUCGUAUUGCAUGGCAGACCGAGAUGAUGAAGACAUGUCAUCCAUCAGCGAUCCGCGCUUAUCAUCUACCACAUCGAGCGUCCCGGAUAUCACGAGCCUGCCCAGUUCGAUGUGUUACUCUGACAUGUCAGACCGAGAUAGGGCAAUGGAGGAGCUUCGAGAAGUUGUCCGUAAUGCGAUUGCGAUUGCUGAGGCUGACGACUCUGCACCCCUGGGUCUGGCCGAGCUCCAUGCUGCCGCUCGGGAGAUCACCAUGGCCCGCCGAGCGAAGGAAAGCUCCAAGUCACCACCUGGCCCAAGUCGCGUAAACUCGAAUACUCCACCUCGUUUGUCAACCCCAUCGCCCCCGAAGCAGUCUUCGAAGCCUGUGCUCAGCCUGGAUACUUCCUUGGAUUCCGCCACGUUCACCCCUCUCGUCCGGCCCACUACGUUCACCCGUGGUAUAUCGCCACAAGUGCUAGUGCAACAUGACGGUGGCUUCCAACUUCCUUCUACGCCCCGCAUGAGGCCCAACAAGCUCUAUAAACCUCGCCCACCCUCGCCCAAUGAUCCCAUUCCCCUUCAAACCUUCAAAACUAUAUCGAGCCCCAGUCCCGAUUUGAGCCCGCUAUCCCAGCCUCUGGCCUGCCCCAGCUCUCCGACCCCACUGAGUCUGGAUAACUGCCGCAGCCAAACCCCUCAUGCACCCGAAUCGCCAACUUGGACACAUGGGCUUCUCAAAAAUCCGUUCAGCCUGCGACUGGAUGUGCAUAUCAUCACCGACGCCAUUUCUGGACUGGGUAUUCGAAAACCUGCGUCGCCCCCGCAUUCGUCUCCUAAACCAUCCGCACGAACCCCGCCACCCCAUUUUUCUCCCGUACUUCAUGAUCUGAAUCCCACGGACGUCUCGUACCCCGACUCUCCUAUUGAAGAUAUCUCGGAGCUGGUUCCCGAAGCUAAACGGGUGAACAGCGGGACAUCGGAAUGGCAAUACCUACGAACUCAGAGCGGUGAUACGGACGAUACGCCCAUCCUCGCGACGCCUAUUGAUGAGUGGUACUUGCCACAAUUUACACCGAUUACGGAACAUCCCGAAGGAAAACAGAUGGAUCAUUAA